AUGAGGUCGAAAGUACGUCACUUAUGGCAGGACAGUCAUGCAAUCUUAUGGAGCUCAUCUGCGAUGCUGAAGUUCCCUCUCAGGCACCCAUAUGCAAGGUAUGUCGCCUAUACGAUUAUCACGGUUGAAACUCUAUUUUUUUCUCUAAAUAUUCCACGUGUUGCUUCUCGUGUGGUGCAGUUUUUGCGAUUGCGAAAUUUUCAGGAAUGUUCCGAUGAGCUGUUGGUUGGCAUGGAUCAGCAGUUGAAAUUGCUCGAGGAUGACUGUGCAACUUAUAGACAAUUGAUCGACAUGCUGAAAGAGCAGUACUCAAAUGCCGAUGUUGCAUCGUUGAAGAAAACUCUAAGGAACCUGCAGGUAGAAUUUUGGAUUCACUUUUAUCUGUUGUCACGAUUGCUUAUCAUUCAUUUCAAUUUCUCUGCACUUUGGAUUUCUUUUUCUGUUUAUCACUAA